CCGCCUCCGCCUCCGCCCCGGUCCGGCUCCCUGUGCCUCAGCCUCCGCCCCGGCCCCGUGUCCGUGUCCGUCCCUCCGCUCGUCAGGCCCGCGCUCGGCCAAGGCAGCAUGAAGGUGACGGUGGACUUCGAGGAGUGUCUCAAGGACUCGCCUCGCUUCCGGGCUGCUUUGGAAGAGGUGGAAGGAGACGUGGCAGAGUUGGAACUCAAGCUCGAUAAGCUUGUGAAACUUUGUAUCGCGAUGAUUGACACAGGAAAAGCCUUUUGUGUCGCAAAUAAGCAGUUUGUGAAUGGAAUUCGAGACUUGGCCCAGUAUUCUAGUAAAGAUACGGUAGUGGAGACAAGCUUGACCAAAUUUUCUGAAAGUCUUCAGGAAAUGAUCAAUUUUCACACAAUCCUGUUUGACCAGACGCAGAGAUCGAUUAAGGCACAACUUCAGACGUUUGUUAAAGAGGAUCUCAGAAAGUUCAAAGAUGCCAAGAAACAGUUUGAAAAGGUCAGUGAAGAGAAGGAGAACGCCCUAGUGAAAAACGCCCAGGUUCAAAGAAACAAACAGCAUGAAGUGGAAGAGGCCACCAACAUCCUAACGGCCACCAGGAAGUGCUUCCGGCACAUCGCCCUGGACUACGUCCUGCAGAUUAAUGUGCUGCAAUCAAAAAGAAGAUCGGAAAUCUUGAAAUCAAUGUUGUCUUUCAUGUAUGCCCACCUGGCCUUCUUCCAUCAGGGAUACGAUCUUUUCAGUGAACUCGGGCCCUACAUGAAGGAUCUCGGUGCUCAGCUGGAUCGGCUGGUGGUGGAUGCAGCCAAGGAGAAGAGAGACAUGGAGCAGAAACAUUCCACCAUCCAGCAGAAGGAUUUCUCCAGUGAUGAUACCAAGCUGGAAUAUAAUGUGGACGCUGCCAACGGCAUUGUCAUGGAAGGUUAUCUGUUCAAACGAGCCAGCAAUGCCUUCAAGACUUGGAACAGGAGAAAGCCAGAUCACAUCAGACGCUGGUUCUCAAUACAGAAUAAUCAGCUGGUAUACCAGAAAAAAUUCAAGGACACUCCCACGGUGGUCGUUGAAGACCUGCGGCUUUGCACCGUGAAGCACUGUGAAGAUGUGGAGAGACGGUUCUGCUUCGAGGUGGUCUCACCCACAAAAAGCUGCAUGCUUCAGGCUGACUCCGAGAAGCUGCGCCAGGCGUGGAUCAAGGCUGUGCAGACCAGCAUCGCCACUGCUUAUAGAGAGAAGGGGGACGAGACCGAGAAGCUGGAUAAAAAAUCAUCUCCGUCUACAGGAAGCCUGGAAUCUGGGAAUGAGUCAAAAGAGAAAUUAUUAAAAGGAGAAAGUGCUUUACAGCGGGUCCAGGGCAUUCCUGGGAAUGCCAGCUGCUGCGACUGUGGCCUGCCUGACCCCCGGUGGGCCAGCAUCAACUUGGGCAUAACCCUGUGCAUUGAGUGCUCAGGUAUACACCGGAGUCUUGGGGUUCACUUUUCAAAAGUACGCUCUUUAACUUUAGAUACCUGGGAGCCUGAGCUUCUAAAGCUGAUGUGUGAGUUGGGAAAUGAUGUUAUAAAUCGAGUUUAUGAAGCCAAAAUUGAGAAAAUGGGAAUAAAGAAACCACAGCCUGGACAAAGGCAGGAGAAGGAAGCAUACAUCAAAGCAAAGUAUGUGGAGAGAAAGUUUGUGGAUAAGGAUUCUGCCUCUUCUUCACCUCCAGAGGAAGGGAAGAGAGCCCCGAGCCAAGGUCGGGAGGAGAAGGGGCUCAGUACCUCCAAGCCAGCACUAGAGGACCAAAUUGGGACAUCAGUCAGAAGUCUAGGUGCUGAUCCAUUUUCGGUGGCUGUAAAUAGCGACGAGGCCAGGCGGGAAUCUCUGUUCUGUCCUGAUGAGCUAGAUUCACUCUUCUCCUACUUUGAUACCUCUUCAAAACUACGUAGUAUCAAAAGCAAUGACAGUGGAAUCCAGCAGUGCGCUGAUGAUGUCAGAGAAGGCCUGUCCUCAGUGGUUUCAGCUAAUAGCUUAUAUGAGCCAGAGGGAGAAAGACGAGAUUCUUCAGUAUUUCUUGAAUUUCAGCAUCUCCAUCCAGGACUCCAGCUGUACCGGGCUUCCUAUGAAAAAAGGCUUCCUGCCAUGGCCGAGGCAUUGGCCCAUGGAGCAGAUGUCAACUGGGCAAAUCCUGAAGAGAACAAAGCCACGCCACUCAUCCAGGCCGUCUUAGGGGGCUCCCUGGUCACCUGCGAGUUCCUCCUGCAGAAUGGUGCAAACGUGAAUCAACGGGACACCAAAGGGCGAGGCCCACUGCACCACGCCACCGUGUUGGGGCACACUGGGCAAGUGUGUUUGUUCCUGAAGCGAGGUGCCAACCAGCACGCCACGGACGAGGAAGGGAAUGACCCAUUGAGCAUUGCCGUAGAAGCCGCGAAUGCAGAUAUCGUGACCCUGUUGCGUUUGGCCAGAAUGAAUGAAGAGAUGCGGGAGUCUGAAGGACUUUACGGACAGCCAGGUGAUGAAACUUACCAAGAUAUUUUCCGUGAUUUUUCCCAAAUGGCCUCCAAUAAUCCAGAAAAACUAAACCGUUUCCAGCAAGAUUCACAGAAAUUCUGAUUUCUUUAAAGAAGGGAAACGCAUUAAAUCUGGUGCCCUCUUAUUCACACAGCUGAAAAUGCACAUUUUCCUCCUGCUUCCAUGCUGCACAUUCAGAUUUUCUAGAUAGUAAAUGAGUGAUGGGAAAAGGUACAUUCGUCACCAACUCCAUGUGGAAACAGUUUUGUGAAUGAUUGUCUCUGCACCUCUGCCUUCCGGGAGGGGAUACUGCUUUAGAGCCUGUCUGGAAGUGGGUGUGAGGGGCCUGCUUUAGGGGCUUGCUGUGCUGAAACAAGGUCAGAGCUCGGGGAAGCCUCUUAGGAUGGGUCGUCGGGGGGACUUUUUUAGGGGCCAUGGCCACCUCUUUCCACAUGUUAUGCUUAGCACAUUCCUUUAACCACGUCUGCACAGCCAGAGCUCAGGGCCAAGGCUGGCUCUGUGGCCCGGCGAAGGAACGCCUUCUCAUCCCCCAUGCAGUAGGUGAUUUUCAGAGUGAGGAAGAACGUCCCUGAUCCCAUGGCCCAAUCCCAGGCUCAGCUCCGGGGUUCUCCAGGGUUCCUGGUGGAGAACUUUCCUGUGGUGGAGCCUGGUCCUUGGGAGUCUGUCAGCUCCGGGCCAGAUUGAUCAAUGCAAUAGAAUUCCUCCAAAAAUUACUUGAAUAUUUUCAAAAUUAAGCUGUAAUCAAGAUGUUACUUUCGAAGUAGCUGACUAGAAAAUGGAAGACUUUGGAGGUUUGUUGUUAGCCCCUGCUCCAGACGGAGUGGCAAAUUUGUGUUGUUGUCUGUGUCUGGAGAGGCACGGGCUUACCUGGGCUCCUCCUCCUCAGCUCUGACCUCAUGCGGAACCAACUUUCCGUCCUUUCCUCAGCUCUGACCCGCCCGGGGGGCCUGCCCCGCCCGGGCCUUAGGAAGUAGAUGCAUGUUCUCAGUUCACAAACUACUGAUCCCAGAUCUUUUCAUUCCGGAGCAGCAGAGCUGUAGCUCUUGACCUUUCUAGCCCAAGGCUUCUUUCUCAUGUCUAACGUCCCGGCAUAGUCGCCUACGAUCUCGAGGCUUCCUCUAUAUGUAGCCGCCCCAUGUGUGUAAUCGUCCCUUACUUAUGAAUCAUGUCACUAAGGAAUAAAAUUGGAAUGUGGACACUUGGUCUCCAAGUAGAGAUUUGGAAAUUUGAUUUCGUUGUUGCGUAAGUGGAGAAAUGAUGUGUUAUUUGAGUAGAUUGUAAUUUCCAACAUUGGAUUUUUAAAUAGGUCACAGUUAAUUACGUUAUCAAGGGAUUUAAUAUCAAAUCAGGUAGUUUUAUGAAGAAAAACCAUGCUAGAGAAAAACGUCAGUGAUCUCAUUUGUUAAAUUCUAUCAAUUAGCCAGGCUUGCCUAGUGGUCAGCAGUCACUGGUAUCUUUGAGGAGUGUUAGAGAUUUAUUGUUUUGUCAUUUUAAAAUUAGGAUUUAAGUCCUAUUGCUUUCCUGCCAUAUGGCUGAGAGAAAAUGUACACUUAAGUCCUGAAAGCACAUUUUUAUAUGCCUUUAGACUGUAAUUACUUCCUUAAAAAUUUUAGCCUGUUUCCAGUAAAAUAUCUAGUGUACCUUGAUUACAAAGUAAACGACUACAGCUUUGAAAGAAGAAAAAGUAAUAAUUUGCAUAAAUCAAUGCAAGGGUGCACAACCAGAGCUCUCUUAAAAAACUGUUUUGAAGUCGGCUCUGGUGGCCCCCUCCCCCCCACGCCUAAGGGCUCCUAGGCCUCUGCUGCUCUGGCCACUCGGUGCUAAGCCGUGGCUUCUGGUGCUACGGGCCCCUCUCUCCUCUUGCUCCACUGCACGGGGCUGCUUGGUCACUUAGAAUCCAUUGAAAGCCCCAACGUCAAAGCUCAGUCUUUUCAGGGAGGACGCCACCAGAUGACACAUUUCUGCUGCUUGAUCUCUUGGGCUGGCUGGGAGGAAACCUCAGAAGGGAGGUUUUGUAGCCCCGGUAGAGCGAAUGGGCGGAAAUGAAUUCUGGAUUCUGCUUCCCGGCACCCCAUAGGCUCACGUCAUUGGAGAUUCAUUUCAGGCCUGUGACUCAUUUCCAGCCAAUGCCACGUUUUGUUGUGGUUUGCUAUACUACAAACCCUAUGCUGUAAUGGCUUUUUAUCAUGUGUAACACACCUGAGUUUACUAAGUUGUGACUUUGAAACGGUCGCGUGAGUUGUUGGCGGGGUCUGAAGAGGAGGCGCCUGCUCGGCCUCAGGACCGAGGGGGGUUGGGGACUGUCAGGCUCCCGCUGUUGUGGCUGCUUUUUUUUAACUCCCUCAUAAUGCAGAUUGUCUGGCUUGUUCGCAUUUUAAAAGUCAGAAUGUGUAAGCAAACAGCAUUCGAUCUGAGAACAGAAUACAGAAGGUGAAAUUUAUUUCGAAAGCUCUAAUUUUUUAGGUUAUCUGCUGGUUAAAUAGUUAUAAUGCCUUCAUUGCAACAAUAGGUAUAUGCUCAUGAAUGCUUCUUUUUUUUAAAUUACUUUUGGUACAGUGCUUCAAAAUUCAGGUAUUUCUAAGCUUCCACUGCAUUACAGUGUUUGACUAGUUGACAUCGGUCUUCCCUUUAGAUUUAGUAUCUUCUGUGCUUUCUGAAAGUUGUACAUAUGUGUUGAAAUAUGUGCUUUCAUCUUCUCAUGAAUGAAUUUUGAAAUUUUCUUUUUGUUUCAUGGCCUAAACAGUUUAAUGAUCUAUAAUGUCUUAAGCAGUAUUUUAAAAGGUAACCUUACACAUGUAGCAACAUUUUUUACAUUUCUUUGUAAAAAGACAUGAUUAUAAUAAACCAAAAAGAUUACAACUAUUUAUGUUUUCAUUUAUGACAGAAUUUAAUCCCUGUUUUGAAUAGUAGCAGUGUUCCCAGAUGGCUACACUGUUAGUGAUAUUUUUGAAAUUUCAUGACCAUUCCUUUUUUGAAUAUGGAUAUCAACUUGAAAAAUGGCCUAAGCACCCAAGGCUCGCAGUGCCCCUUUGCCAUGAGAACGUGGAGGCAGGGGCCCAGGCCCCUCCUCUCAGCGGUGAAAUCACCGCUUGAAAUAGCUUCACCUUGUGGUGAUUGGCGGCUGAAUAACACCCUCUCACUAACCCUCCUGGCGGACAAGGAGGGCAGCCUUGGGAAAUGUGAAAACAUUAACAUUUUCACAGCAUCAGAAUUAACCUAUUCAAGUAUUUUAAAUUGAAUUUCAGUGCAUCAGUUCUACAAUCGAUAUUAUUUUUCCUAGACAUCUUUUCUGUUUACAUAAAUUUGCUGUUUGCAGGUAUAUAAUGAGUAGUUGGUUUUUUAAUUGCAAAAAAUGGAGAAUAUUCUUUGUGUUGCAUUUAUCCUUUUAGCAUCUUUCAUAUUAUGUUCCAUCUGAUCCUGUUUUUCCCCAAAGGAAAUAGAAGAACUUAGUAAUAAAGCCAUGUGAUUGUAAGCAGGGAAAGAUGGUCACCUUGUGAGGAGCUUUCUAAAGCUCUCUGCCCAGAAUGGGAGGCUCAGCCCGAGCGGCUCACUGGCAUUUCUUUGGGGUUUCCUGGCCCACUCCUCACUCCAUGGACUUUCAUUAGUCUAUAGGUUGGUGUGUCAAACUUACCAGUUAUUUGUUUUCAUUAUAAAUGCAGAACCACACACGCUCUUGUUAUUUUGAAAUGUACAUUCUGUAAGAAGUGUAAAUAUUGUACUGGAAUAAAGACUUUGUAUGCUGAAAAGCUCAAGUAUUGAGUCAAUAAAAACCUUCUCUCCA